AUGACAAGACCAAUUUUAAUUUCUUACCCAGUUUCAAUAUUAUAUAAUAAAUUCAAUAUUCAUAAUGGAUUAAAUACAAUUCUUGAGAUGAUUUACCCCAUUGGUUCAAUAUAUACAUCAAUGAAUUCAACAAAUCCAGCUGAUGUAUUCGGUUUCGGUACAUGGCAACAAAUAACCGAUCGUUUCCUCUACUGUGCUAAUAGUUCAAAACAAACCGGUGGAAGUAAAAAGAUUACUGGCGAAAAUUUACCUGCUCAUAGUCAUUAUGUUAAUUUAAACACUCAAGACUCGGGCUGGCAUAGUCAUACUUAUACUAAUUCGUUUGAAUAUCCUGAUGGAAAUAAUGGAUUUCCUGAUGGAUGGUCUGAUAGAGACGCUAGCAGGGGUAAAUAUUGGUACGGUAAUAAAAAUAGAUGGAAUGAAGGAUAUACUUCAAACGGUUCAGGUACACAUUCACAUAACGUUUCAGGAUAUACACAAACGACAGGAAGAGGUACAGAUUACAUGCCACCUUAUAUGACAGUUUAUGCAUGGUUUCGCGUUCAAUGA